AAAAAAAAAAAAGUUCAAAAAGGGUUUCCAAAUGUUCCUCUUAGUAAAUUAUUAAACAAUCAAUUCAAUGGAUAGUUCCUGGAACGAAGUUCAGCAUAUUUGUGAUCCUAAUUUAAACAAGGUAUCUCCGGUAUCUGCAGUUUGUUGGGAUCCUUAUCAUGAACUCUUAUGGGUUGGCAAUGAUUCAGGUCGCGUGUCUUCGUAUUAUGGAAAGGGACUUCAACGAUAUACAGCCUUUAAAGCGCAUAAAGAUGAACAAGUUCGACAGAUUCGUGUUACAGAUAGAGGAAUUAUCAGUCUUAGUCCCAAAAGUAUUCAAAUGAGAGAUAGAAGAGGACUUGUGAAAUGGAACAUUAGUAAUGAGGAUACGCAAGAUCUUCACUGUAUGACUUCAACAACCUUGACCAACGGUGAAUUAUUAGUGGCAGGUCAGCAGGAUGAUAUGUUAGUGGUGAGCUUGGCUCGUGGCGUGGUCACUCGUAAAAUCUCUGGCGCAUCCAACAUUGUCGUAUUAAAGAGUUUACCUCGCUCGAUUUGUGCAGGUUCACUGCUUGGUGAAGUUACUCUAAGAGAUCCAAGAACGAUGAAAGUAGAACAACGAGUACAAGCACAUACUGCAACACUAUCAGAUUUAGAUGUAUCGGGCAACUUAUUAUUAACUUGUGGAUUUUCACAAAGACAAGGCUCAUUGAUCAUGGAUCCUCUUGUUAAAGUAUACGAUAUUCGAAUGUCCGUUCGUACAUUAGCACCUAUUCCAUUUCCAAGCGGGCCCAUGUUUUUAAAGAUGCACCCAACAUUAAGUACGACAUGUCUUGUUGCCUCACAAACUGGACAAUUCCAAAUGUGUGAUGUGUCUAGCCUGAUUAUGGGAUCGUAUGCGGCACCAGCACAAUUUCAUCAGAUCCAGACAUCCAGCUAUAUUACAGCCAUGGACAUAUCGAGUUCAGCACAGACAUUGGUAUUUGCCGAUGGUGCAAGUUUUGUCUACCAAUAUGCUGAUCGUGAGGACUUUGAUGUGAACCCAUAUUCAUUACCCAUUGCACAACCUGAUAUUGUACAACCUCCUACAACAACAAUAACGGACGAUAGCCCGUUGUCUUCCGUUGGUAUGCCUUAUUAUACCGAACAAUUGUUAUCAGUGUGGCCAAAUAAUAAAGUAUAUGAGGUCGGAACGCAGCCAACGCCUAUUGAUGAAGAAAUCAUCAAGAAUAUGAAGACAAUUGAUUUUGUAGGCUAUGCACCCAAUCCUGGAAAUAUCCAUCGUAAUCAAAUACCUCGUAAAAAGAAGGUGAUUGCGAAAAAGAAUGGACCAAAGUUUAGAUCAGAACAAGAGAGAGAAUUAUUACAGUCCAGUAAUGUUUUAGUGGGCGAUGACGAUGGACCACAUCAUUCUGGUAGGCGCUCAUCUUCGAUUGGCGAUAUUAGUAACAUGGAUCCUACAGUCAUGAACAUGCCCCGAUAUUACCAACGUGUAGAGAUCCAAUAUAGUAAAUUUGGUGUAGACGAUUUCGAUUUCGGUUAUUAUAAUUCAACUCCUUAUGGCGGUUUAGAAACACACAUUCGUAAUUCCUACUGUAAUUCAUUCUUGCAAGUUCUAUUCUUUAUCACACCCUUGAGAAAAAUCGCAAAAUCACACAUCAAAAUCGCUUGUGCCAAAGAUAAUUGUUUACUAUGUGAACUUGGCUUUCUUUUCCGUAUGCUUGAAGAUUCAAAGGGCCAAAAUUGUCAAGCUACCAACUUUUUGCGUGCCUUUAGUACAAUUCCUCAGGCUUCCGCAUUAGGAUUGUUUGACCCCGAAACACCCAACCGAAAUAUAUCAUUCUCUACGCUGAUGCAGAAUUUCACUCGAUUUAUCAUGGAACAAAUUCAUCAAGAAGCAAAUGUUCCAGCCUCCAAUCCAUUAAUUUCAAAAGCACUCGUCAGAAAAAUAAUGGAGAAAGACGAUGGCGAAGUGAAAACUUUGGAUAUUCCUUCUACCAUGCAACAAUUAUUUGGCCUUCAAACCUUAAGCCAAAGUAAAUGUGGAACAUGUCAAGAGGAAGUCUCUAGAAUUACAUAUCCUUUUGUCGUAGACAUGCUCUAUCCAAAAAAGAACGACAGAAAAUCUAGAAAACGAUCAUUUACGAGUAUUUUAAAAGCUAGCAUGUACAGAGAAAACCAAACAAAGGCUUGGUGCGCAAAUUGUCAUCAAUAUCAACCCACAACCACUAAAAAGAUCAUUUGCGGUUUGCCCGGUGUCAUGUUAAUCAAUUCUGGCGCUUCCAAUAGUGAGGAAUCUUUGAUUUGGAGACAAAAUGGUCCCAAUAGUCCCAAGGCUUCUCAACAAAAUAUACUUCAAGAAACAACUGUAGAUAGUGACCAAGGAUCUACUAAUGAGGACGCCUCGACCACAAACACGCCUUCUUCUUGGUUACCAGAAAGAUUUGGAAUUUAUAUUAAUGGAUCCGAGUUGGUAAUCAAAGCAUUACCCGUCGGCAAAGAAAUACCACCUGAAUUCAAGGGAGCACCAGAGACUUGUGCUAUCUAUGAACUCUCAUCUACCAUUUUACAAGUGCAAGCUGAAGAAGAAUUACCUCACCUGGUUGCUCAAAUCAAGAUACCUGAGUCCGAAUUAGAAGCAGAUGCCAAAACGCCAUGGUACUUAUUUAAUGAUUUUUUGGUAAGAAAGAUUCGACCGGAAGAGGUAUUUUCGUUUAAGGGUAACUGGAAGACACCUGCUGUUCUUCAAUAUACUCGCGUAGAAUUGGAUACUUUGUUAGAUUUAGACGUGUUACCUUCCAAAGUGGACUAUUCUUUACUAUUUGAGGAUCACUCAAUCGCUCAAGAACCCAACCCAGAUCCUCAACAUGAAGUACUUACAGAAGACGAAAUGCCAAAGCGUGGAACACUAGUAGCUAUUGAUGCGGAGUUUGUAGCAUUACAGCAGGAGGAAACAGAGAUUCGUAGUGAUGGCACAAAAUCAUUGAUCCGACCCAGUACCCUUACUUUAGCCCGUGUGAGUGUAUUACGUGGAGAUUCAGGACCUAAAGAAGGUGUGCCGUUUAUCGAUGACUAUAUUGCCACGAGUGAACCGAUUGUGGAUUAUUUGACAGAAUACAGUGGUAUUGUUGCAGGGGAUCUUGAUUUUAUGCAAUCAAAACAUACACUUGUGCCUUUGAAAGUGGCGUACAAAAAGUUGCGUCUUUUAGUUGAUCUAGGAUGUAUCUUUAUUGGUCAUGGAUUAAACAAGGAUUUUAGAAUUAUUAAUUUAAUGGUACCUCCUGAACAAAUUAUUGAUACAGUUGAUAUUUAUCAUAUUCGUAAUCGACAACGUAAGAUCUCACUUCGAUUCUUGGCAUGGCAUUUAUUGCAUCAAGAUAUUCAAUCAGAGACGCAUGAUAGUAUUGAAGACGCUAGAACGGCGCUUAUUCUGUACAAAAAGUAUCUUGAAUACAAACAAAAUGGAUCAUUUGGCCAAGUACUUGAAGAUGUGUAUGAAGCAGGUCAUAAAGCCAAUUGGCUUAAGGGAUCGAAAGAUUCUCUUUCGAGAGUCUCAAGUACUCCUCAAAUUGAGGGAUUAAUUGGAUCCAGUCCUCUUUUUACCACAGGAUGGCCUGUGUAAAUAGAUAUAAAAAUAUAAAAUAAUCCAAAAACAUUACAAAAUAAUAAAUAUAUUAAAAAAUCCAUAAAUGUCAAA